CGACGGCGGCAUGAGCAGAAAAAUGCACUCGUCCGCCGACUUUUACGUGGUCGCGACUUCGUGGCAAUUCGUGGACUCGCAUGGCCUCGAGGGCACGACGGCGGCAUGGAGCUGCCCUGACGAUUGCGUCGCUCAUUUCUCGCCGGGCGCUGCCAGUCGUGCCGGGGUCGGCAUUGUUUUGAAGCAGAAGUUUCUCGAGCAGGUCGCGGAGGCCGAGCCUAGGUGGAUGCACGUGGUCCCUGGCAGGGCGGCGAUGCUUCAGCUUCGGGGCAGCGCUGGAGCCCUCGACCUCCACCCUCGCGGCACGGCCGCGCCCGGGGAUGUCAACGCCUCGGCGCGGGAGCAGCGGCGCAGCAUGCGCCAAAUCGUGGCGGCAUCUUUGUCGCCGCGGGAGAAGGUUUUUACCGUGAUCAUGCGCGACUUCAACUGGGUCACAGACGCGGGGGACAAGGUGAACAGGACGACGGGUGCCCUCUCGGGCGCGGAGGACGCUGGCGAGCAACGCGACGCCGAGAACACUCUGUGGCGCCCGGCGGGCUUGCACGAGCUCUGGCAACCCGAACUCACGCACGAUAGUGCCUCGGCGUGGAGUCGAUUUAACAGGUGCUACUGGAAUGCCCACGUUGCGGGCCAGCUCGACAGGAAUAUCAAGUGCACGGC